AUGAGGGACAAAAAGGGCGGGAAACAUGAGGGGAGGAAACAGCAGGAAAGCCCGGCCCGGCCGGGAACGGGGCUGCAGGAAUACGAGAUCCUGAGCUUUGCUGAGGCAGGAUCCUCCACUUCCCACAGCGUCCUCCUGCAUUUCCGCUUCUCCCAGGAGGUGGCCGGGAGCACCGAGAUCCUGCAGGCCACCCUCUACCUGUUCUGGGCAGCCCCCGGCCGCGGGGCACAGCCCGUCACUGUCAGGAUCCUGCGGCCAGACCCGAACGUGUCGGUGGCCAGCGAGACCCGGCUGGAGGUGCAGAGAUCCGGCUGGACCACGCUGGACGUUGGAGCAGCCGUCCGGAGCCUCUUCGGACAAGAGACCCCUCGGCUCACGGUGGAACUGGAGGUGCCAGAGGACUGGGGGUCCCCUCUCCCAUCGGACCACAGCGAUUCCCACUGGCCGUUUGUGGUGGCCCAAGCCCAGGCCAGGACACCCCACCGCGUCCAUCGUCGCGGCGUCGAUUGCGGCGCGGACUCGCGGAUGUGCUGCCGCCAGGAGUUCUUUGUGGACUUCAAGGAGAUCGGCUGGGAAGACUGGAUCAUCCAGCCAGAGGGGUACCACAUGAAUUACUGCACGGGGCUGUGCCCGCUGCACAUGGCUGGCGUUCCCGGCCUCGCCGCCUCCUUCCACACCGCCGUCCUCAACCGCAUCAAGGCGGCGAGCGCGGCGGCGGCCGUGGGCUCCUGCUGCAUUCCCACCCAGCGCCGGCCACUCUCCCUGCUCUACUACGACCGGGACAGCAACAUCGUCAAGACCGACAUCCCCGACAUGAUCGUGGAUUCCUGCGGCUGCACCUGAGCGCUGCCGGCGCGGGCGGGAGGACAGGAUGGGGCUCCCUCCUCCUGGCUCCCGGCUGGGCGACUGGAGCUCUGCCAAGGGGGUUUCUCCUCCUGUGGGUGAAGCAUCAAGGGCGAUGCUGAAUGUGCAAGUCCCCUCCUCUCUCACCUCCCACACGGCUUUUUCCCCCUUUGGAUCUGCCCAUGGAUUCCACUCUGGCUCCUGAUGGACUCCAGAGCCUUUUCCUGCCGGAUGCUGCAGAGCCUGGACCAGGACGGUCCCGCUGCCAUCCCAGCCCAAGGUCCUGGUGCGCCCUGGGUGCGGCUCCAUCAGCACAGCACCCACCAGUGGCUCCCCUGGGCUGCUGGGGCUGGCCAGGACAGAAGGGAGGGGUCAUCCCCAUGGCCCCACUCAGCUGGACACGUGGCUGAGCAGGGAGAGGAAAGAGAAAUCCAUCCCAGUGGGAGGAAGGUGUCUCCAAGCAUCCCGGCUAGCUGGUGUUCAAUAAAGACUCCCAGCCGUGGUGUGUGCA